CCUCCCUCUAAGGGGCUUGGACCGGCCAUCCUUCGAGAUCAAGUUGUUCUUUCUUUGUUGCUCUCCGCAAUCUUUUAUUCAACCAGAGCCAUGGCUGGGCUUUGCAGCAAAUCCGUGGCUCUGGAUCUCCUUCUCCUCCUCCUCCUCGUGGCUCUUUCCUCCUUUCUUUCCUGUUCUGCGGAGCUUCGGAGGCUCGACCACCCGUUAAAAAAUGAUGGCUCUCUCAGCCUUCUAGUGAUCGGAGAUUGGGGAAGGAAAGGAGCGUAUAACCAAUCCGAAGUCGCAACUCAGAUGGGAAGGAUCGGAGAGGUGCUGGAUAUAGAUUUUGUGAUAUCCACCGGCGAUAAUUUCUAUGAAGAUGGAUUAACAGGCGUCGAUGACAAGGCAUUCGAGGAGUCAUUUACCAGCAUAUACACUGCAAAGAGCUUACAAAAGCCAUGGUAUGCUGUUUUGGGGAAUCAUGACUAUAGAGGAAACGUGGCAGCACAAUUGAAUCCUAUCCUCCGAAGGAUUGACAACCGUUGGAUUUGCAUGAGAUCUUUUAUUGUUAAUGCAGAAAUUGUGGAGUUCUUCUUUGUGGACACUACCCCGUUCGUCAAAAAGUAUUGGAUCGAUCCAGAGGAUGACCACUAUGAUUGGAGGGGAGUCGCUCCUCGUGAAAAGUAUAUAUCGAAUCUCUUGAAGGAUUUGCAUCAGGCGCUGAAAGAAUCCUCAGCAGCAUGGAAGAUUGUUGUAGGACACCAUACCAUGAGAAGCGUCAGCGAUCAUGGAGACACCCAAGAGCUCCUGACACUGCUGCUCCCAAUUCUUAAGUCUAAUGAAGUCGACUUGUAUAUCAAUGGGCACGACCAUUGCCUACAGCACAUUAGCAGCAAGGACAGUCCACUCCAAUAUCUGACAAGUGGAGGUGGCUCGAAGGCAUGGAGGGGUGUCUUCACUCCAAACGCAGAUAAACUUCGAUUCUUCUAUGAUGGCCAAGGGUUCAUGUCGCUUCAACUAACCAAGACCAAUGCCAAUGUAGCGUUCUACGAUGUCUUCGGCCGAGUCUUGUACAAAUGGAGCAUGGACAAACAGCUUGACAAGGAAAUGUAGGAAGUUAAAAGCACAAAGCAUGGCGUGAGCCACUUGUGGUAGCAAUAGGCAAUGAAGCUAGUAGGAAUGUGAUGCCUACAUGCUGAUGUGGUGUUAUCUAUCAUGGGGUGCAUGCAGCCCAUUAGCUGGAGCAGGAUGAGAAGUAUGCUAGAGAAAAAAAGAUAAACAGAGGAACUGAGGUUUACUUACACCAAAUGUACCGGUUUUAUUGAAACAUAGAUAAUAAUAAUAUUGAUGUUGUUGCAGUUUCUGUAUGAGAGUGGGCACACAAGAGGGCCCCCCAUUUUUUUGCUUCUCUUUGAGUCAAAGGGGCCUAUUUUUCAACUUACAAACUUAGGACCUGGACUAUGUGAAUGUUGCCAUGGGUUGAACCAUUGUGCACUUAAUGGAAGCUAUGAUGAGGCAAGCACAAGUGGCUUUGCUAA